AAAAUCGAUGUACAUGUUUGUAAUUGUAUUUGUGUGCUGUGUGCUGUGUGUGGGUGGAUGUUUCCAUAUCCACCGUGUCGUAAUAUUGUUUGAAUUUUCAAUUUCGUUGUUGUUCUUCAAUAUAUAUAAUAUACUAGCCGCUGGAUUGAUAAUCGGAUUUCUAUCAUUUAUAAAAAACAAAUGUUAUUGAUUUGAAAUUGCAACCGCUUCUUUGUGUGUGUGUGUAUGUAUGUAUGUAUGAUCACGACCAUCAUCAUCAUCAUCAUCAUCAUCAUAAUUGUUGAUCUUGAUAUAAUAGAGUUGGAAACAUCAAAACAAUUUUCCAGCAAUAACUCUUCCAAUAACCUAUUAUAUAUGUUCAAAUUUCAUUCCAUUUAAAAGUUAGAUCUGAAUAAGAUUUUAACUCUUUCGUUUCUAUUGAUUUUUGUUUGAUAACAGAAAAAAAAUUUACUAUUUGAUUUUUCUUCUUUUGUUUUUGACUUGGAAAUAGAUUUUUUUUUCGUUUGUUUGUUUGUUUUUUUGGUUUCUGAAAAAUAUUUUUUCUCGUGUAUUUUAAAUACUGUUCAAUCAACCAUAUAAAAGUCUACAGAAAGUGAAAAUAGAGAGAUAGAGAGAGUGAAGCAAAAAAAAAUGGCAAAAUUAUUUGCAAUAAUAAUCUUAUUAUCCUGUUAUUACAUCUCAACCGCCAUAGCUUCCGAUUGGAGUUAUAGUGAUCAACAAAGUUGGGCAAAUGGUGAAAAUCAAUGUGAUGGUAGUAGUCAAUCACCAAUCGAUAUAAAUACACAGGAAGUUUAUUACAAUGGUACAUUAAAAUUGGAUUUCAUCAAUUAUGAUCAUCCAUUAAUUAGCUAUAAAGUGACCAAUAAUGGACAUUCAAUACAAUUUGAUUAUACGGGUGAUGUUGGCUCAGCACCGGCAAUCACUGGUACCGUAUUGAAUAAUGAAAUAUUUCGUCUUGCACAAUUCCAUUUCCAUUGGGGAUCGGCUAAACAUAUUGGUUCUGAACAUAAAAUUAAUGGACGUGCAUUCCCAGUAGAGUUACAUCUAGUACAUUAUAAUCAUGCAAAACAUGAUACAUUAAGCAAAGCUUUAGAAGCUCGUGAUGGAAGUGUUUCAGUAUUGGCCGUAUUCUUCGAGAUCAAAAAAAUGAAUCCUGGAUUUGAAGUUGUAGCCGAUAUGAUUGACAAAUUACAGGAAGCCACACCGGAACAAAGUCAAUUCAUGCGCGAAACAAUCACACUACAGAAUUUAUUACCUAAAAAUUCGGAAAAAUUAUAUCGUUAUCAUGGAUCAUUGACUACACCACCAUGUACAGAAGGUUUAGUAUGGCUCAUAUUGAAUCAACCAAAUGAGAUUGGCCGCUCACAGUUCGAAAAAUUCUUGGGCGUAAUUGAUUCACAUUCUGGAGAAAAAAUUGCCAAUAAUUUUCGUAAAAUUCAACCGUUGAAUGGAAGAAAAGUGGAAUCAUCAUUUAAACCGGAUAUGGUCAACAAAGGUUUUGUUCAUAUGGCUACUAGUUCGACUAUCAUAGUGAGCUUGCUCAUGAUAUUUCUGUCCAUAGUUGGUAUUUCACCGCUGUUAUCCAUCCAAUGAUGUGUUUAUGGCUGUAUAACCGAGGACAAAGAUCGAUUGAAUUUUUGAUUGAUAUGGAUUUAUGGAUCUAAUACAAUCAUUAUACAUACAAAAAAAAAUUGUGAUCAAUAUACUGACAGUCUGACGAUUAUCUUAUAUAUAUGAAUACGAGGAAACUCUCAAUUCUCAUUCUUUCAUUUACAUUUUAUCGUUCUUUUAUAUAAAUGAAAAAGAAACCUAUAUCUUAAUUUGUGAAACAAAACAAAAAAAAAUCGAAGUAAAAAAACGAUUUCCAUGCAUAAUUUGUCCACGAACAAUAUUUCGAUUUUUUUUUUGUUUGUAAUAAUCACAUAAAAAAUGUUGAUGUAAUUUUAGAAUUUUCUUUUUAGUUUGUUAAUUCUCAUAUAUAUAUAAAAUGAAAUUCAAUUCACCAAACAGUUAUUAAUAUUUCUAAUUUUGUGAUUUUUGUUCAUCUUUUGUAUAAUUGUUUUGUAUUGACGAAAAAAAAACGAAUAAUGGACAUGAUUAAAGGUUUGGAACAGAUUGGCACUGUA